ACUCCACAUUGCUUUGGUAGUGUCAUUUGACUCAUUUUGGUUAUAAACACUGGCUGGCCCUUCUAUUCUUUCUCAAUUCUCAUCCCCACCCACUCACUCACUCUCACCACCUUUUAGUUUUUUCUUUCUUUCUUUUGUUUGACACUCACCCUCUGAAAGAGAAGAGAUGAAGAUGAUGAGUGAGAUGUGGACAACAAUGGGGUCAACCUUAGCGAGCUUCAUGUUCUUGUGGACGAUCAUGAGACAGUACUGUCCCUACGGGGUUCAACGAUUCUUGGAGAAGUACACACACAGGAUCAUGAGUUACUUCUCCCCUUACAUUCGAAUCUCCUUCCAUGAGUACAUGGGAGACAGGCUAAAGCGCAGUGAGGCCUAUGGGGCUGUGGAGGCAUAUCUCAGUGCCAACACAUCAAAGAGUGCCAAAAGGCUCAAAGCUGAAAUGGGUAAAGAUAGCAGCAACCUGGUGUUGACCAUGGAUGAGUACGAGAGGGUAACGGAUGAGCACGAGGGUGUGAAAGUUUGGUGGGUGUGUAGCAAAGUGAUGUCACCAACGAGGUCUUCAAUGUCCUAUUAUCCAGAACAGGAGAGAAGGUUCUACAAGCUCACUUUUCACAACAAGUAUAGAGAGGUCAUAACCGAGUCGUAUUUGGAGCAUGUGAUGAGGGAGGGGAAGGAGAUUCGUUUGAGGAACAGGCAGAGGAAGUUGUAUACUAAUAGCCCUGGCUACAAGUGGCCGAGUUACAAGCAAACGAUGUGGAGCCACAUUGUGUUUGAGCACCCUGCUACUUUUGAAACAAUGGCCUUGGAGCCUGAGAAGAAAAAGGAGAUCAUUGAGGAUUUGGUGACUUUCAGCAAGAGCAAGGAUUUCUAUGCAAGGAUUGGGAAGGCAUGGAAGAGAGGGUACCUUCUUCAUGGUCCUCCAGGGACGGGGAAGUCCACUAUGAUUGCUGCAAUGGCGAAUUUGUUGGCCUAUGAUGUGUAUGACUUGGAGCUCACUGCAGUGAAGGACAACACAGAGUUGAGGAAGCUUCUGAUUGAGACAACCAGUAAGUCUAUAAUUGUUAUUGAAGACAUUGAUUGUUCUCUUGAUCUUACAGGGCAGAGGAAGAAGAAGACAGAGAAGUUGUUGUCGGACGAGGAGACUGAUAAGGAUGUUGUUGUCGGAAGGAAAGAGGGGAAGGAAGAAGGAGGGAGUGGCAGCAGAGUCACACUCUCAGGGCUGUUGAAUUUCAUUGAUGGGAUUUGGUCUGCUUGUGGAGGGGAAAGGUUGAUUGUGUUCACAACCAAUUAUGUGGAGAAACUUGAUCCUGCACUCAUUAGAAGGGGGAGAAUGGACAAACACAUUCAACUCUCUUAUUGCACUUUUGAUGGCUUUAAAGUGCUUGCAAAUAAUUACUUGAAGCUACAAACUCAUCCUUUGUUUGACACCAUCAAGAGGCUAAUAGGUGAGGCCAAAAUCACCCCUGCUGAUGUUGCUGAAAACCUCAUGCCCAAGUCCCCAUUGGAUGAUCCUCACAAGUGCCUCUCCAACUUGAUUGAAGCACUUGAGAAAGCUGCAAAAACUGAGGAGCUGGAGCAGAGUUGUGCCAUUCAACAUGAGGAACUUCUUCAACAAAAUGGCUCCAUUAAGGAAAAUGGUGAGUGAGUAGUACUAUGUAUCUAUGUUAGUCAACUCCAUGAGAUGAUUAAAAAGGGAGGGAUUGUAUACUUCAACAACAAAGGGUUUGCUAAAUCCUCCUACUUUUGGGAUUAAUUUUGAACUUGUAUUAGAGAGUAUUGUUAUUGGUAUAGGUCCCUCCCCUGUUGUUGUUUUCUCCCUUGAAAUGCAACAUAAUCAUAAUAUGAAGGCUAUUGUUUCUCAAAA